AUGCACUUCCUUGGUCGGAUUGGCGGCGUUGCUGCCCUUGCUGCGGUGGCUGUUGCUGCUCCCACGCGUCUGGCGUCGAGAGCCGUUUCGAGUGAUGUCCUCGGUCAGUUGAAAUUGUUUGCCGAGUACUCGGCGGCAUCGUAUUGUACGAACAAUAUCAAUUCGACCGGUGAUGCUCUCUCCUGCGACAUCGGAAACUGUGCUUCCGUUCAAUCCGCGGAGACGACCACCCUGUGGGAAUUCGACCGGGUCUGCUCAUAUGGAAAUGUCGCCGGAUUCUUCGCCGUCGACAAGACCAACGAGCUUCUCGUCCUUUCAUUCCGCGGCAGUCGUUCCGUCAGCACCUGGAUCGCGAACAUCAACACCGGCCUGACCGACGUCAGCUCCCUGUGCAGCGGCUGCGAAGCUCACGCCGGGUUCUGGGAAUCCUGGGAAACCGUCGCAGAUGAUGUGGCCUCGCAGCUGAAGUCCGCGCAGUCCACAUACCCCGGAUACAAGGUCGUCGUGACAGGACACAGCUUCGGCGGAGCCGUUGCAGCGCUUGCCAGCGCUUCACUGAGAAACGCAGGCACAUCUCUUGAACUUUAUACAUACGGUGAGCCACGGCUUGGUAACAAAGCCUUGGCGACAUACACCACGGAGCAGGGCAGCCUGUGGCGAGUGACCCACACGAAUGAUAUCGUUCCUCGCCUGCCACCUACCAGCUUUGGAUUCAGCCACCCCAGCCCCGAAUAUUGGGUCACCUCUGGUAAUUCAGGAACCCCUACCACGUCUGAUGUUACGGUUGUGGAAGGAAUUGAUUCCAAGUCGGGCAAUCGGGGAGAAUUGCUCCCCAGUGUUUCGGCACAUCUCUGGUACUUCGGAGACAUGAGUGGAUGCGAGUGA